CGACAGAACAUCCAUUGUCGUAGACGUGUCUCGCAGUCAGAGCAUCCUUCCGUCAUGGCGUCUGUUUGGACUAAAUUCUUCGUUCACCUGCCGGUCUUGUCUGUUUUCUUCCUCUUGCUGCUAUGUCUGCCGCCGGGGGGAGGACAAAAGAAGAAAGAGAAUCUGCUAUCAGAGAAGGUUGACCAGAUGAUGGAGUGGUCAUCUCGGCGUUCGGUCGUCCGGAUGAACGGGGACAAGUUCCGUCGCUUUGUCAAGGCCCCACCCAGGAACUACUCUGUCAUCGUCAUGUUCACUGCCCUGCAGCCUCAAAGGCAGUGUUCUGUUUGCAGGCAGGCAAAUGAGGAGUACCAGGUCCUGGCAAACUCGUGGCGUUACUCAUCGGCAUUUUCCAACAAGCUCUUCUUCACAGUAGUGGACUACGAUGAGGGAGCUGAUGUAUUCCAACAGUUGAACAUGAACAGCGCUCCAACCUUCAUGCAUUUCCCAGCUAAGGGAAAGCCCAAGAGAGCUGAUACGUUUGACCUGCAAAGGAUUGGCUUUGCUUCAGAGCAGCUGGCCAAGUGGAUUGCAGACCGCACAGAUGUUCAGAUUCGUGUCUUCCGUCCUCCUAAUUAUUCAGGCACUAUUGCUUUGGCUCUGUUAGUGUCACUGGUUGGAGGACUGCUUUAUCUGAGGAGAAACAACUUGGAAUUCAUAUACAACAAGACUGGAUGGGCUAUGGCUGCACUGUGUGUAGUUUUUGCGAUGACAUCCGGUCAGAUGUGGAAUCACAUCAGAGGUCCUCCCUACGCCCACAAAAACCCCCAGAAUGGACAAGUGAGUUAUAUUCAUGGCAGCAGUCAGGCUCAGUUUGUAGCUGAGUCUCACAUCAUCCUUCUUCUGAAUGCUGCAAUCACCAUGGGGAUGGUGCUGCUAAAUGAGGCUGCCACCUCCAAGGGAGACGUUGGCAAGAGACGAAUCAUCUGCCUGGUUGGCCUUGGCCUGGUGGUGUUUUUCUUCAGCUUCCUGCUCUCCAUUUUUAGGUCCAAGUACCAUGGAUACCCCUACAGCUUUCUUAUUAAGUGAAAAAAGACCAGAAGAGGAGGUCAGAGGAUGGCAAAGAGGCAGUAGGUGAGGAGAAGAGGAGUCAAGAAGAUACUUGAAGAGGAGGCAGCGUCACUGUUGAGUCUAGAGUGCAUGGUGGGGUUUCUUUGUUGGUGUGUUUUUUUAUUUUUUUUUUAUUGACUCCUAUCAUAAACUGCAAGUGAAAUAGAAAAUAAAUGACUUCUUACACUGGCAAAUGAAGGUGUGUAGCAUGUCUGUAUUUUUGUCUUUUUUUGGUUCUAUAAUUUGUGUGGCUAAUACCGUAUAUACCUGCAAUUGUGGUGUGUUGUUUUUAAUCCAUAUAUUGGAUCUUAUUUAUGAUAACUUUGUUGCAGGUGAAAGGAGUGUAAGAGACAAGUGAAGUCACAGAGCCAAGUGGGUGUUGAGAGGUCAGGAAGAGAAGCAGCAGGUUAGAAAGAUGGGUUACAUGAUAGAGUUGAGUACAGAGGCAGACUACUAAUGUUGAGUUAGUAGGAAAGUAGAAAAGCUUAUUAAAAAAUCUCUAUACAUUAUAUCUUUCCAGGUGCUUGUCGCAUCUUUGUCUUAUUAAUGGUGACAACACAUAAUGCAGCUUUGGGAGAUAAAGAUACUAAUCCCAACUGGUAAAUACCUGUUUCAGCUUCUGCUGUAGGUUUGGAGCUCAAUCACACUCAGUUUCAUCGUGAGACCUAUUUUGAUUUGAUAAAGCUAAAAUAUGAUUGGCUCAAACAAUGAACAGUGUGCAGAUAUUUACUGACACAUGGAUUAAAUCCAGGUCGUAUGGAUUUCUCUCUUAAACUGCAUUUUUACACCUUCUGGUGCCAGACUCUGUUGGUUGCUUUAGAUUUCCUUGAACAGGACCAAAUACAUUUUUCAUGUCUCUAUCCUUGUAAUCUCACAGAAUGUUCAUAUUAUAUUUGUCUGCAAAAUGUUCACUACCAAAGUCUUUCAACUGGAUGUAUACUGUAUUUUCAACUAAUAAUUAGUUUAGUUAUAGUUUGUUAGGCAUCUAAAAUGGCUUGGAUGAGGUUAUGUAAAGAUUGUGGUCGUAGUUCAAUAGUAAAUAAAUAGGCAAAAUUAAUCAAGCCAGGUCACAAACCCAAGAUUGUGAGCGCUAAACAAAAACUCAGCCUCCACAGUCUUACUUUUUGCUGCACUAAAUGAGCAUCCACUUCUCCGCGCAUUGGCACCGGUUUUAAAUCACUAAUGCAAAAUAGUAGCACAUGAACUGAGUUUACAGAAGGCUGGCUCGAGUGCUGUAACUGUUCUUGCUGAAUGUGAGAAACAUAGGUAAUUUUGAGACUACAUACAUUUCUAAUUCUUUCACUUGUGGACUGCCCACUGAAACAUUGAGUGGGCUGGAGUAUUGAAACCAUUUAUGUAACCCUUCUAUUCGUGGGCGGACAGAGGAAUGGUGCUGCACAUAGACCAGUUUUGACAAAUGUAAUAAAAAUAUUCCCUCUCAGACUUCC